AUCACUGGUGCCACCAGCGCGUGCACAGAGUUGCUAGGUAGUUUCUCAAGACAGAGUAAAGACAACGAAACGAAGACAGCAACCGCUUACUGUAUUAAAAGUGGCACCUGUCAAGGGGUGAGAUUAUAUUAGGCAGCAAGUGAGCAGUCAGUUCUCGAAGUUGAUGUGUUGGAAGCAGGAAAAAUUGGCAAGCGUAAAGAUCUGAGAGACUUUGACAAGGGACAAAUUGUGACGGCUGGACGAUGGGGACAGAGCGUCUCCAAAACGGCAGGUCAUGUUCGGUGUUCCCGGGAUGCAUUGGUUAGUACCUACCAAAAGUGGUCCAAGGAAGGACAACCGGUGAACCAGCAACAGGGUCAUGGGCUUCUAAGACUCAUUGAUGCGCAUGGAGCGUGAAGGCUAGCCCGUCUGGUCCGAUCCCACAGAAGAGCUACUGGAGCCCAAAAUGCUGAAAAAGCUCAUACUGGCUAUGAUAGAAAGGUGGCCUCAGAAUUCCCCAGAUCUCAAUCCACAUCUGUGGGAUGCGCUGGACGAACAAGAGUGAUCCAUAGAGGCCCGACCUCAGAAUUUACAGGACUUUAAGGAUCUGCUGCUAAAGUCUCAGUACCAGAUACCACAACACACCUUCAGCAGUCUUGUAGAGUCCAUACCUCGAUGGGUCAGAGCUGUUUUGGUGGCACAAGGGGGACCUACACAAUAUUAGACAGGUUCAGGUGGUCUAGAGUUAUCGUCACAUGAAUUCGGACUGUUCCGUACAGUCCACACAUGGCCUCGGUGGAGCGUAAGCAGGAUGAGAAGGGACCCUUCUACCUUGGCUAUGGCAGUAGGAGACAGACGAGUGCAGAGAUAGUGACAGAAGCCCGGCAUUCUCUCAGGACUCUUCGGACACAGCGGCCCUUCACUCCACGACAGGAGCACCGGCAGCUUUUUGCAGGAUCAGCUCGUACACGUGAUGGCAGACCGCCAUCUUCAUUCAGCCUACAUGCUAGGAAUUUCGAGGCUCCUGAUUCCAGGCCGAGUUCAGGGACCCGCCUCUCGCCUUUGGAACACAAGCCCAGGUUGCCACUUUCACUGGAUCUGGACUACAGUGAAGUUGAGAAAGGUUUACCCAAACCUCCAGUUGACCGUUUGGACAAAAGAGGAUCUGGAAGCGCUCGGACAAGGCUCGUCAGAGCAAGAUCGCUUACGCUGGUACCCUCUAUGACACAACACUCAAAUGUUCCUCAAACCGAGCGUGUUGACAAGCCUACCUUGGGUAUGACGCCAUCCCAGCAAGUGCACACAGAGUCGUUUUACUUGCAUUCCGGUUGCAAACAAGAAAGGACAGAGAAAUCCUCUGAAAUUCUCACACAGAAACUAACCAAACAUAGUGGAUUUCAACGGCCCAGCAGCGCCGACUUAUCUCAAGCAAAAGGAACAAAAACAGAUGCUGAGCAUGGCUGCGGAGACAAGGCAGGAAGUGAUGCCACUGAUGAAUCUGCCUUCUGGACCUCUGAGGUGCUUCCUAUUCUGCAGAUGUUUGAGUCUUUUUCUCCAGGAGGAAUCGUGUCAAAAGAGACUGUUGAGCGUCUUUGUGAUGCCUGUGCAAGUCUCCAUGACGUCCUGGCAGAGAAAGGCCUGCUGGGAAGGCGGUUUAAGAAAAGGUCCGCCGUUCUCCGGGCACUGUUUCGACUGAUUGAUUUGGGAUCAGACCAGCUAAACCUCACUCUGGCUAAUAUCAUACUUGCACUUAAUGUCAGCGGAAACAACUUGCUAAACAUUUGCAAGCUCGUCUUUAAUAUAAGCCGGAGUUCCAGAAAUGACUUCCUGUUCCAGGACAACCCCGUUAUAGAUUCCCUCCUCUCACUGAUACAGUGUGACGAUUUUAAUAGCAGUGGAGAGACUGUGCUGUACUGCAUAGGCUCCCUAAAGCUCCUUUCAGGAAACAGCACCCUCGCCAGGCUGCUCCUAGCUAAAGACUUCAUCGCAGUCUCGCUCCGUCUCUCUCAGCGACUGAUUCAGCCAACAGACCCUAAAGCUUUCCCUAAUGACCAUCACACGUUAGCAGGACAUGGCCAGCAUCCUAUCACGGGACAUAUACUGGUCCAGGUCACAGGAGCGCUGCGAAACAUGGCCGACCUGUCCGAGUCCCGUUCUUCCUUUUUGUCCGACGAGGUCUUCUCUACGUUGUGCGCAGUUAUGGAUCAUCGGCAAGAAGACGAAGACAUCUGCCUUAACGUAGCCAGGAUAUUUAGCAAACUGUCCUCAUAUGCUGAGUGCUGCUAUGCGCUAGCCGAGACUUCGAGCUGCUACAGGCUAUUUUUAGCCCUGUUGUGCAAACACAGCAGGAAACAGGCAUUGGUGGUACGUCUCCUAUUCACAUUAGGAAACCUGGCGGCUCGGAGCAAUGAUGCCAGAGAGAGAGUGUAUGAGGAGGAAAGGUCCAUAGACAUUCUCUUAGAACUUUUCCAGAGCUACCUGCAAGUCUCCAAGAAUCCUCCAAACUCUGAAAAUUAUACGCAGGAAGAUGAGGACGUCUUGAUCAAGCUGAUUCGAGUGUUGGCCAACCUGUCCAUUCAUCCCACUGUAGGCACGGCACUGGCAGCCAAUACCCUGUUUGUGCAGCUACUACUGAAAGUGAUGGAGCUCAGGUCCGUGGAGGAGAGUACCGAGUUAGUAGUAAACGCUUCAACCGCUAUCAACAACUUGUCCUACUACCAAGGAGAGAGCUCCAUCAUCCGCGUCCAGCACGCACACGUCUCCCAGUUGUUGCUUCAGCUGUUAUUAAGCACAAAUAUGGAUGCAGUUUUGGAAGCUAUACGUGUGUUCGGUAACCUCUCUCAGAUCGAAGAAGUACAGCAGUUUAUCAUCACAAACAAAGUGCUCCAGUUCGUGGUGGCGCUACUGGACUCCAAGAAUCCCGACAUGUGCUUCUCGGCAUGUGGAGUCCUCACGAACCUCUCUGUGGAUCCCAAGAACAGAACCGUAAUAAACGAGGAAGGAGCCACACCCAAGUUGAUCGAUUGUUUGCGGGACUUCGGGCCUCAGGACUGGCUUUUGGCUACACAGGUGUGCCAAACGCUGUGGAACUGCACUGAAGACAGAGAGCAGGACUAUGCACAAGAGUUAUGCACAAUACUUUCUCUCUACUCAGACCCAAAGGCGUUGCAGUGGCCCUCAAGUGACGAUAUGAAGGCUUACCAGGAGGCAUGCUGGGAGCUGGAGUUUUUACCUGUCGCCGAGAGGCUGAAGAAACGCAUGCAAAGAUACGUAAACAUACCGGAACCCGUCAGCGAGCCUUCCCGAUCGAGGAUCCCCGAAGUGCGACCGUACAAGAAAUAACGGUAUACCGGAAUAUAUAUAUAUAUGCAAGGAGUGCACUUUAACUUUGAUUUUUUAUGUAGUGAAUUCGCCAGGAUACGCCAUUUUCAAUAAUCAGUACCGAGAGAAACAGCGACUACAGUGAAUCAGUUUGAGGUUUCGGACCGACCCCGUGUACGGCCACAGAAAUAAUGCAAGAAUAUUUCAUAAGGAACACCCAGGACCACGGUAAUGAUCUCAAACUCUUUAUUAAAGAGACCAGAAGGGACACAGGACAGAGUUAGGAUCUCACGUUACAGCAAAAUGAUACAAAAUGGCACUGGCUCUCCGUCUACAACAUUCCUUUAAGCCGAACAAAUAACACUUUCCUGGUACCAUCUGUACAAUUACCUAGAACAACGUUACACCUCAGAGCUGUCCCACGCACGAAGAGAAGUCGAAGUCAGUAAUAAUUCAAUACACAACCCGAAGCAUAGCAGGCAUUUAUUAUGAAAUCCCAAUGAAAACAUUCGUAACGAAGAACGAUGCAGAGUGGGGAAAAGAUACAAACACAACAAGCUGAUUUACUCUGAUCCUCUCUAGGGGAGGACAAAUCAAUUUCUAUGUGUGUGUGUGUGUGUGUGUGUGUGUGUGUGUUCUUACUGCAUAACAAAAAUCACAUUCUCUACUAGCUGAGUUGUGUUGGAGAUAUUUAUCUCUGAUAUCUCCAUGGGAUUGUUUAUUACCAAAAAAAAAAAAGAGAGAGAGAGAGAGAAAGAAUACUUCUUGAAAUUCAGGUAAUACAAAGAGCUUAAAAUUGUUUAUUUUCUUUAUUAUUUUUUUCUGUUAAACAUUUUCUUAUAAAAAAAGUGUCAGUAACUGACAUCAGUCUCUGAAGAUUUUUUUUUUUAAAAAGAAAAGAAAAAAAGACAAGAAAACUCAUUGCUUCUUCUUCAAAAAAAAGUACCAUCCCUCUUUCUUUCUUAACAUUCUUUUCUACACCCAGCUAUUCCAGCCACAAUCAGAACGCAGUACUUGAUUUAUUUAUUUAUUUUAGUAAACAAAGAAUCUAUACUCCUUAAAAACACACGUGCUCAACAAUGAAAUGAAGAAAAAAAAAAAGCUGCUUAAGUAUACUCCGUGAAGUUCUUGAAAAACAUCAGCGUCUAUAUCGUGAUCAUCUGGGGAACCAUGCUCGAAGCAUCAAAUCCAUCUAACAAACGAUAAGAUCCUGCUCACCAAGAGCACUCAGAUACUGAAGGAGAUCUAGAACAGGAGGUAUUUUAUUAGAUUUAGAUUAUACUGACGACACUAAACACAAACAAAACGAGGGCUUUUUUUCCCCCUCCUUUCUGAGAGAUAAGAUGACCAUGUGGUAAAAGGGAAGACAGGUGAAGGGUGGGGUUGGGGAAAGGGUUCAGACCAACAGGAAGCACAUCACAUCAAACAGGAAGACUGAUUUGUUUGUUUUUUAUCCUUGGAUAAAAAAAAACAAAAUGGAUCGAGCGAUCACUCAGGCUGUCAACUCGAGAUGGCACGAAGUGAAUUUAGUGAAGAGAUGGUCACUAACCCGAAAAACGGCUACAUCUUGAUAUUUCAGAAACAAAGUGCUUUGAUAUUUUUUAUGCCUGAAAUACCAAGAAAAAGGCUAUGAUACGAGAUAUAGAUAUAAACACACACUGGUAAGUAGAGACAGAGUGG